UAAAAUGUUGCUUUAACUUCCAGGUAAUAUUCCAUUAAGACAAUUGGUUUAUCGUGUACAUCUAUUACCAAGCAGCAUGGUUUCACUUGUUUGGGAUUUUGGCCGACUGGAUAAUAAUACUGAAGAAGCCUAUACAAGACAAAUGACUACAAGAUAUGUAAAUGAAGAAAAAAUACCUAAAGACGAGUUGUUUUUUGAAUUAAUUGUUUGUGUGCUUAAAGAAUCCCAAGCUUAUAUGAGAAAGCAAAAGGAUGAGUGCAGCUUUGUCAGUUUGAGAGACGUAGAAAGAGUAAUAAGUAAUAGUAAUAAUUAA